CAAAGGGAAAGAGCACAGAAAAUGAGUUCCGGCACAGCGACGGGAAAGAACUGCCACGGAUGGGCGGCAAGAGACGACUCCGGAUUUCUCUCUCCUUACGAGUUCGAUCGCAGAGCAGUUGGAAGCGAGGACGUCUCGUUGAAAAUUACUCAUUGUGGCAUUUGCUAUGCGGAUGUGUUGUUCACUCGCAACAAAUUAGAGCACUCCGGAUAUCCCUUGGUCCCAGGGCAUGAGAUCGUGGGGAUCGUGACGGAAGUGGGUGGUAACGUUGGGAAGUUCAAGAUCGGAGACCAUGUGGGCGUCGGACCUUAUGUCGACUCGUGCAGAGAUUGCGAGAACUGUCAUGGUGGACUAGAAAUGCAUUGUUCGAAAGGCGUUGUAUCUACAUUCGGUGGCACUUGUGAAGAUGGCAGCACUAGCAAGGGAGGAUACUCCCAGUUCAUAGUUGUUCACGAGAGGUUUUGCUACAAGAUACCUGACAAGUAUCCAUUAGCUCAAGCAGCACCCUUGUUGUGUGCCGGCAUUACAGUCUACACUCCAAUGAUCCGCCACCAGAUGAAUCAGCCUGGAAAAUCAUUAGGAGUGAUUGGACUUGGUGGGCUCGGUCACAUGGCUGUGAAGUUCGCCAAGGCUUUUGGAUUGAAUGUCACUGUUUUCAGCACAAACAUUUCCAAGAAAGAUGAUGCCUUGAAUCUGUUGAAAGCAGACAAGUUCGUGCUCUCAUCCGACACAGAACAAAUGAGCGCUCUGUCGAAAUCUCUAGACUUCAUAAUCGACACUGCAUCAGGAGAGCACCCGUUGGAUCUGUACAUGUCAUUGCUCAAGACAGGAGGAGUUUUGGCUUUGUUGGGCUUUCCGGGCGAGGAAUUGAAACUGAGUCCACUGAGUCUUCUCAUGGGAAUGAGGAGUAUCUCCGGAAGCAGAGUCGGUGGUACGAAGCGAACACAGGAGAUGCUCGAGUUUUGCGCCGAACAUGAAAUACAUCCAGAGAUUGAAGUAGUUCCUAUUCAGUACGCAAAUGAAGCUCUUGAGAGGCUUCAAAAGAAUGACGUGAAGUACCGCUUUGUGAUAGACAUUGAGAACUCCUUAGAGUGAAUCCACUGAUUUAG